AUGUCAGACUACAUUCCUUCGGAAAUCCUAGUGGAAAUCUUCAAACGACUUCCUGUGAAGUCAGUGCUUCAACUAAGAUCCGUUUCAAAACCAUGGAAAUCUUUGAUCGACAGCUCUGAGUUCAUUGCUGCCUAUGGCGCCCACCAAACUCAGCUACAGAGUCUACUUGUAACGUACAAGGAUCCAGAGAGCGAACAGCCUGACGAAACAUAUGCUUCAUUGGUUGAUGAUGAGACCUUCGUCCCACAAGAGAUCCGUCCGACACUUCCUUUGCUCGCUAAACUACUUAGGCCAUCACGCGUUAUCGGUAGCUCACAUGGAUUGGUCUGCUUGUCUGCUAAUGAUCCAUAUCAAAAUGAUCACAAACCUCUCGGAAGGAAGAUGGCUGUUCUUUGUAAUCCUUCAAUAAGAAAAUCAGUUGGUGUAACUGUGCAUCUGGCGAUAGAUAUGCCUAAAUCCUACGUUCUUGGUUUUGGAGUUUGUCCUAUUACUAGUGACCCUACGAUUCUUAAGAUUAAUGUUGGGGUUGUUGAGGUUUUUACAUUAAGGACACGUAGUUGGAGAGUUCUGUCUUACAAUCCGCAAAUUAAUUCUCUUAAAUUCCCACGGCGUCAGGUAGUUGUUGGUAGGUUUAUUUAUUUUGUUGCGUAUGUUGAGAAGGAGAAACCUCUUAUUGUGUCGUUUGAUAUGACUACUCAUGAAUUUAGAACGAAAGACAUACCUGACAGUUUUGCACGACAGCCUUGCCCAUAUUUUUCCAUCUCUAAGGUGUCCGAGGCUCUUGUUGUGCUUAAAUACAAUACUAUGGGGAUGGGAGAUUGGGCUGUAUGGAUCGUGGAUGAUGGUGUUCCAAAUUCAUGUACAAAGCUAUUCACCAUUAGCAAUGUACCACGUGCAAUAUGCUUGACUACAGUACUGGGAUUUACAGACAGGAGUGAACUUCUAAUUGAAAGGCAAGAUGACGUUGCUGGGUGGAGAAAGAGCUCGUUGUUUGUCUAUGAACCAUGCUCACAACACAUCGAUGAUAUUGGGAUUGAUGGAAUCCAAGGUUCAUUUUCUGUUGGUUACUACAUGGAAACCCUACUUCUGCUUGAUCAGCCGGAUUCUAGUGUUUAUGUUGAAAAUGGUGUUGGACCGAUGGAUUUCCGGUUGUGGAUCAAUUUGCUGCCCGACGAGGUCCUUGUAAUAAAAUAA